AUGACAGCAACAGAGAAUAGCCUCACUGAAGAACUCUGUGAGUUGAAGGAGCAACUCAGGCUACUGCAGGUGGCACCGCUGACGGAACAAGCAACUUACUCGCAACAGCACGUACAAGUGAACAUUCCGAAAUUUAACAAGGCAAAUCCAGACCUUUGGUUCGCACAAUCGGAACGUCUAUUUACUCUGAACAAUGUCGUGGCAGAUGGUCGUAAGUUCGACUUAGUGUCGGUGCUUCUUGAGGCUGACAUUGCCCAUGCCGUCGAAGAUCUAUUAAAGCCACCUAAAAGCGACAAAUACAACGCAUUGAAGCAAAGAUUACUUGACAAAUUCGCGGAGUCAAACGACUCUAAACUCAGAAGACUAUUGCAUGGUGGCGACAUGACGGGUAAAAAGCCUACAGAAAUUUUAGCACAUAUGCGUCGUGUAGCUCCGUCUACAGGCUCUGAAAGUAUUUUACGUACGUUGUUUAUAGCUGAGCUACCUAAAAAUAUACGUCCGCUCAUAUCUGUAUGGGAGGAUAAAGAUCUAGAUAAAUUUGCAAAAAUGGCAGAUAAAAUUCUGGAAACCAGUGAUACGGACUCUGCAUAUGCAAUGUCAGCAGUAGUGUCACUGCCGGAGCAGAAAAGGCAAGAGGUAGAUGCAAUAAACAGCAAAAAACUCGACGUAACAGAUGUUGCGUUAACACUGCGCUCACUCUCUGAGAAAGUCGACAAGCUAAGUGAGGAGGUGCGUUACUGCAGAAAAAGUACAUUUUCUCGUUCACAGAAUGGGAAUGAGGGAAGUGACAAGAAGUCACUUUGUUAUUAUCACACCAAGUUCGGCGAUAAUGCACGUAAAUGCCAACCAAACUUCCGUUGUGCCCGCACUAUAGCACCUCAUAAGCAAACACAAGGCAGACUACAACUGUAUGCCGCAAACCAAACUCUUAUACAAACUUACGGUGACCAAGAUUUGGAGCUGGAUUUGGGCUUAGGAUAUGCGUUUAAAUGGUCUUUUGUCGUGGCUGAUGUUCAAACAGCGAUCAUUGGAGCUGACUUAUUGGCAGAGUUCCACUUGCUGAUAGACAUCAAGCAGCAGCGCGUCAUUCAUACAGCAAGAAAUCUUUCAACUAACAACAUUGCAGAGCGGUCACAUAACCUUACUGCAGCUACUAUAGAUAAGGAGAAGCGUUCUCAGAAUAUUUUUCAAGAGACGAAGGUCAUGCAGGCCGAUGGUAAGAGUGUCUUCGCCGGUAAUACCGGUAGACUUCACACGGUAUGUCACUACAUCAAAACAUCCGGCGCACCAGUGGCAGAAAGGCCACGGCGUUUAAUGGGCGAAAAGCGUUCAUCGGCGAAGGCUCAAAUCGAUCUGCUUAUUGAUGAUGGAAUUUGUCGUCCCUCUAAAAGUCCAUGGGCUAGCCCUCUGCAUAUGGUAGCAAAAAUGAAUGGGGGCUGGCGAGCGUGUGGCGACUACCGCAAGCUUAAUUCCAUUACCGUACUUGAUCGCUACCCAAUUCCCCAUACCCACGAUUUCGCUGAUCGUUUGCACAACAAAACUAUGUUUACAACUUCGGAUCUAGAACGGGCAUAUUAUCAAAUCCCAAUGGCUCAGGAGGACAUUGAAAAGACGGCUGUAUGCACACCCUUCGGUCUGAUCGAAUUUUUAUAUAUGCCGUUUGGGCUUAAAAAUGCGACACAAACAUUCCAGCGGUUCAUGGAUCAGAUUUUCUGUGGAGUUGACUAUGUGUUUUGUUAUAUAGAGGACAUUCUAAUAAUGUCGGAAUCAGCAGAGAAACAUAACCAGCACAUUCAGAACUUCUUACAGAUUUUGAAGACACACGGUCUCAACGCCAACGCUAACAAGUGUCAGUUUAAGAAAACCGAAGUUCAGUUUUUAAGCUAUACAGUCAGCAACAAGGGCAUUGAAACGCCCAAAGAUCGGAAUAGCCUAGCUAAUGCAGCGGUCCUUAGUCAUCCUAAUCCAAAUGCAGAUCUUAGCCUUACGUCUGACGCAUCGGACACAGCCAUUGGAGCCGUGCUAGAGCAGCGUAAUAGUGGCACAUGGGAUCCUCUCGGUUUUUUUUCAAAGAAACAAAGCCCAACCGAACGUAACUAUAGCACUUAUGACAGAGAGUUGUUGGCGGUUUACGAAGCAAUUAAAUAUUUUAAGCACAUGAUAGAGGCGAGAACGUUUGUGAUUAAAACUGAUCACAAGCCACUCAUAUACGCUUUUGCUCAAAGACCGGGAAAAGCUUCGCCACGCCAGCUGCGACAUUUAGACUAUAUCUCUCAGUUUUCUACGUCUAUCAUGCACGUGUGCGGCAAUGACAAUGUGGUAGCGGAUGAUCUUUCGAGAUUAAACGCUAUAUCCAUGCCAACUUCUGUCGAUACAAAAGACAUCGAGGCGGCUCAAGCAGGGGAUGAGGAAAUGUCAACAAUUUUAAAUGGCGAGACAUCCCUACAUCUACAAAUUAUACAGGAAAAUGACGCCCUGAUAUACUGCGAUGUGUCGAAUGGUAACCGGCAGAGCUACACUCAAACAAAUUUGUCGUAA